CCCAGUAACAGAGAUACCCCAGAGAGAUGUCCCCGUCCUCUGUAUUCCCAGGACUGUACAGAGGAGAAUCACAGAAUCCCACAGGAGGAUCAGGAUGACUGUCUGACUGAUAUAAAGGCAGAAGAUAUAGAGGGAGAAGAAGAGACGUAUGUGACUGAUAUAAAGGCAGAAUAUAUAGAAGGAGAAGAAGAGAUGUAUGUGACUGAUAUAAAGGCAGAAGAUACAGAGGGAGAAGAAGAGACGUAUGUGACUGAUAUGAAGACAGAAGAUAUAGAGGGAGAAGAAGAGACGUAUGUGAGGGGAGAUCAGCAGUGUAAGGAGGAGGAGAUCCCUACAGAUAUCAGCACAGAUCGACACACAAGCAGGAAUAUCUCAGAAGGACAUCUAAUGUUAUCCCCGGAUUGUGACAUAAAAGAUAAUGACCGUAGACAGUAUUCUUCAGGAGAUAACCCCAUUACCACAAUUAUACAUCCAGCUCUAUCAGCUGAUCCCCCUGAUCCUGGGAAAUGUUCUCCUGAUCACUCUGAUAUUAGAGCAUCUGUUACAGCUCUGAGAGUAGAUACAGUGUUUCCCUGUUCUAUAGAUACCAAAUGUUUUACACAGAACACAAACCUUAUUAAUCAUCAGCCAGCUCAUGCAGGUGAGAGGCCAUUUCUAUGUUCUGAGUGUGGGAAAUGUUUUACAUAUAAAUCAAAUCUUGUUAGACAUCAGAGAAGUCACACAGGUGAGAAGCCGUAUUCCUGUCCUGAGUGUAGGAAAUGUUUUGCAUACAAAUCACAUGUUGUUAUUCAUCAGCAUGCUCACACAGGUGAAUGGCCAUUUUUCUGUUCUGAGUGUGGGAAAUGUUUUACAUAUAAAUCAAAACUUGUUACACAUCAAAGAAGUCACACAGGUGAGAAGCCGUAUUCCUGUUCUGAGUGUAGGAAAUGUUUUGCACGGAAAUCAGAUCUUGUUACACAUCACAGAAGUCACACAGGUGAGAAACCGUAUUCCUGUUCUGAGUGUGGGAAAUGUUUUGCAUCUAAAUCAGAACUUGCUAAACAUCAGAGAAGUCACACAGGUGAAAAGCCGAAUUCCUGUUCUGAGUGUGGGAAAUGUUUUGCAUCAAAAUCAAAUCUUGUUAGACAUCAGAGAAGUCACACAGGUGAGAAGCGGUAUUCCUGUUCUGAGUGUGGGAAAUGUUUUACAUAUAAAUCAAAUCUUGUUAAACAUCAGAGAAGUCACACCGGUGAGAAGCCGUAUUCCUGUUCUGAGUGUGGGAAAUGUUUUGCACGGAAAUCAGAUCUUGUUAUACAUCAGAGAAGUCACACAGGUGAGAAGCCAUUUCCAUGUUCUGAGUGUGGGAAAUGUUUCGCUCAGAAACAAGCUCUUGUUAUACAUCGGAGUAGUCACACAGGUGAGAAGCCAUUUCCGUGUUCUGAGUGUAGGAAAUGUUUUUCAUUGAAAGCAAAUCUUGUUAGACAUCAGAGAAGUCACACAGGUGAGAAAGCCGUAUUCCUGUUCUGAGUUUGGGAAAUGUUUUGCAUAUAAAUCACAUUUUGUUAGUCAUCAGAGAAGUCA